AUGGGAAUGACCAUAAAGUUUAGAGGGCAAAGACGUAAGAACGGACUAGUGCGGCUCGACCUAGCCAUUCUCCGAAGGCCCCACGCGAGUCAUGGGUCAGGUCUGGUCGGCCCAUGUGCCGAGGUUCUGGACGACAAAGAUGGAGUAAAAAUCAUGAAAUGGGUUAGAACAAAAGUGGAUUUGGACAAGCACGUUAUAGUUGCCGAUAUUGACUCAAAUUAUACGGAAUCACCAGAUAAGUUCCUUGAAGACUACAUCUAUAACCUCACCAAAACAAGCCUCAACAAGUUGAAACCCAUGUGGGAUCUCCACAUCCUAAACGUGAAAACCUCUAACGCCGAGAGCGUGUUGAUUCUUAGGGUUCACCACUCGCUCGGCGACGGAAUAUCUCUCAUGUCUCUUCUCCUCGCCUGCUCCCGCCAAAUCGCUAACCCCCAGGCUUUGCCGACACUUCCGACGAAGAAAAACCUAGAAAACAACAAUAAUCCUAGUUUUAUUAGAAGGUUCACCCUGCGCUUCAUUGGCCUUUGGUGGCUUCUUCAAUUGCUUUGGAAUACUAUUGUUGACGUCUCUCUAUUCAUUGCGUCGGCAUUUUUCUUGAAAGAUACUAAAACCCCUAUUCGAGCUCCUCCGGGCUGCGAGUAUAAUCCCCGACGAAUUGUGUUUCGAAUCGUUAGCUUGGACGAUUUCAAGCUGGUGAAGAAUGCCAUGAAGUUGACAAUAAACGACGUAGCAUUGGGAGUUACACAAGCUGGUUUGUCCCGCUAUCUUAAUAGAAGAUACGGUGAGAAUAGGGAUGAUGGACUAGGGUCGAACGUGCACAGAAACAACCUUCCAAAGAAAAUUCGUCUGAGAGCAAAUUUACUCGUUAAUGUUAGACCAUCUCCAGGAAUCCAGGAUCUAGCAGAUAUGAUGGAGAAGAACAGUGAAGCGAAGUGGGGCAAUUGGCUUGGUUAUGUCUUCGUCCCCUUCACAAUUGCUCUAAAAGAUGAUCCAUUGGACUAUAUUCGCGAUGCAAAAGCUACAAUUGAUCGAAAGAAGCACUCUCUUGAAGCUCUUUGCACUUUCUCCAUUUCUGGAUUACUUUUCAGUCUUUUUGGCAUCAAGUCAACAACUGCUCUACUUCAUAGAAUUUUCUCCAGCACCACAAUGGCUUUCUCCAAUGUAGUCGGACCAAGUGAGGAAAUUGCUUUUUACAACCACUCAAUGACUUACCUAGCUGCAACUACUUACGGCCAACCAAAUGAGUUGAUGGUUAACUUUCAAAGUUAUGUGAACAAGAUGACUAUGGUUCUAUCAGUGGAUGAAACCACCAUUCCCGAUCCUCUACAACUAUGUGAUGAUAUCGCAGAAUCACUCAAGCUCAUCAAAGAUGUUGUUAUAGAGAGAGGGCUUGCCAAUAUUCACUAGUAAAACUACAACGAUAUAUAUUUCAAAUAUGGUUACCACUCACCUUAAAAAGGAUUGUGAUGUAAUGCAAAAGGAUCUAGUAUUUAUGGUGUGUUAGGAUCACCCAAAGAUUAAA